GUAGUUGCUGGUUUUAUGGAACAAGCUGGUACCCUCUCAGCACUCAAUACGGUUGUUUCAUAAUCUAAAACAGUGAACAUAAACAUGUGGAAAUCAACUGGGGUUCUCGUCACCCUCAAGGAGCCUGAUGUCACUAAUCACACAGCCUGCAGGAGAAUAUAUCUGCCGUUAAAUGAAAGCUCCGACAGUUCUUAGAUUGUGGAUGUCCUCCGCUAUUAGAGAGGUUCUGUUCCGGUAAAGGUCUCAGUGUUACACAACGUCACUGACUAUGAACAAGAUGAAGAAGAAGCUGCCUGAGCGGAUCCUGAAUCACAUCCUGGAGAUUCUCUACCUGCUGACGGGAGAGCGUAUGACUAACUCACUGACAGUGAGUCACAUGACCGGGGACAAGAUGACAACAGAGAGGAUACUGACCCACACCCUGCAGAUCAUGUACCUGCUGACAGGGGAGGAGGAGUGGGAGUAUAUAGAGGGACACAAGAAACUUUACAAGGACGUCAUGAUGGAGACUCACCAAGCACUAAGGACUAUGGAGAUCCCAGGAAAUGAGAGCUCAGUAGUAACAGGCGAAAAUAACACUGAUAUAGUGAAAGUAGAGAUAACAGAAGAUCUGUGUGUGACGCGUCAGCUUAGAGCCACAAAUCAGGAAACCAAUGACAGUAUCAACUCAGGUGAUAUUAAGACUGAUGUUGCACUAAAUGCUGAACAAACAAAUGAUCUGUAUGUAAAGAGUGGACUAGAAGCUAUGAAUAAGGAAAUCGGCGGCAAUAUCAGUACAGGUGAUGUUAAGACUGAAGUCACACUUAAUACUGAACAAACAAAUGAUCUGUUUGUAAAGAGUCAACAGGAAGCUGUGAAGCAAGAAAUCUGUGACAAUAUCAGUACAGGUUAUAUGGAUGUGACGCCUUUAGGUGGCUCAGCAGUUGAGCCCGGGGAAGAACCGUAUAAGUGUGAUCAGGUGAAGACUGAGGAGGAUGAAAUUCCUAUAAAUACUGCUACAGGUGAAUUUACAAACUGCAGUAAUCCUAGUCCUAGCCAUGGUGAAAAUACAGAUGCUUGUUUCAAUCUUCCUGAAAAUCAAAGACGCAACAUGGGAAAUAUAUGUUCUGAAUGUGGGAAAAUGUUUACCAGGAAUUCAAAUUGUUUAAGACAUCAGAAAAUUCAUACAGGAGAGAAAGCAUUUUCAUGUUCUGAAUGUGGAAAAUGUUUUGCUCGGAAAUCGUAUCUUAUUACACAUCUGAAAAUACAUACAGGAGAGAAAGCAUUUUCAUGUUCUGAAUGUGGGAAGUGUUUUACUGAGAAAUCAAUUCUUGUUACACAUCAGAAAAUUCAUACAGGAGAGAAAGCAUUUUCAUGUUCUGAAUGUGGAAAACGUUUUGCUCGGAAAUCAUAUCUUAUUACACAUCAGAAAAUACAUACAGGAGAGAAAGCAUUUUCAUGUUUUGAAUGUGGAAAAUGUUUUGUUCAGAAAUCAGCUCUUAUUGCACAUCAGAUAAUUCAUACCGGUGAGAAAGCAUUUUCAUGUUCUGAAUGUGGAAAAUAUUUUGCUUGGAAAUCAUAUCUUAUUACACAUCAGAAAAUACAUACAGGAGAAAAAGAAUUUUCAUGUUUUGAAUGUGGGAAAUGUUUUGUUCAGAAAUCAGCUCUUAAUGCACAUCAGAAAAUUCAUACAGGUGAGAAAGCAUUUUCAUGUUCUGAAUGUGGGAAAUGCUUUGCUCUAAAAUCAACUCUUAUUAGACAUCAGAAAACUCAUACAGGAUAGAAAGCAUUUUCAUAUUUUGAAUAUGGAAAAUGUUUUACCAGCAAAGGAAAUGUUGUUACUCAUCAAAAAUUUCAUGCAGGAGAGAGAGGAUUUCCGUGUUCUAAAUGUGGAAAAGGUUUUGCUCAGAAGUUACAACUUAUAAAUUUUCUGAUGCGCAAUAAUAUGGGAGAGAAAGCAUUGUCAUGUUUUGUAUAGGGUAAAGCCCUACAUUAACUUAAAAUGCGCAAGAGCCUUCCAAAAGCCCUUAUCUGAUUUAGGAUAGUCCCCCCUAGCAUAAAAUUGUGUUGUGCUGAAAUAUAACAAAAAUAUAUAUUUUUUUCUUCAUACAGCUGGUGAGGACCCCUAAUCCAUUACUCAUGGGAAUUACUCUUCCAUUAGGGGGAGGCAAAGAUUCCCAAACCCCAAUAACUAUAUAACCCCUCCCACCUCACACAUACGUUAGUUUCUCUUGUUAAGUGUGUUCAGUCCACGGGUCAUCCAUUACUUAUGGGAUAUAUUCUCCUUCCC